AUGAGGAUACCAAAGAUAAAACAGAAGAUGUUGACCGCAACGAUUACCCUUACACUUGCUGCGCUCACAAUGUUAACUUGCUUUCCAAGCAAUACUAUACGAUCUCUGGAAUUCGCUCUUUCCCCUCACUUUGUAUCAAACAGCAAGGAGGUAUCAGAAAUACGACGCAGACCCACACGCAAUCGACUAAGCCAGGACAGUCGCCGAGCCGGGCCUGGGCCACCGAUAGUUCGGAAAUUGCGCAAAACACGCAGAAACCUUCUACAACUGGUAUCAAUCUGGCUCGGAAACCAACGGAAACAGGGAAGCCAAAGAUAA